GACGAGGACAUGACCAACUGUCUGAUACUCCUUGCUCAGGGCGGCGGCGGCGGCGGCACCGAGGGAAAGUUCAGCAGCCGGAGAUUCCCGGAAAUGGCGGCGGCGGCGGCGGAAGGGAAAGUUGGCAUCUACGUCUACGAGUGCAAGACUUGCAGCAGAACAUUCCCUUCGUUUCAAGCGUUGGGUGGCCACCGCGCAAGCCACAAGAAACCCAAACCCCCCGCCGCCGCCGCAGACGUUGAUCGGAAAAAGCCACCACCGGCGGCGGCGCCGCCGAUUGAUCAAACAGCGGAAUAUACUCCGGCACCAACUUCAACGCAAUUUCCGAAAACUCACGAGUGCUCGAUAUGCGGGUCGGAGUUUGCGUCGGGUCAAGCAUUGGGCGGCCAUAUGAGAAGACACAGGUCUGCUGCAACUAACACCAAUACGACGUCGUCGUCUGAUAUUAUUGAUGCCGGAGAAAAGACCAGAAACAUGCUGGAGUUGGAUCUCAACCUGCCGGCGCCGCCGGAAGAUGAUUACCGGGAAAUGAAGUUCCACCGGUUCACACCCAACAAGCAGCCGCGUCUUGUUUUCUCCGCGGCGGCGCUGGUGUUGUUUCAAAAAAAUUGUUCCCGGAAGUUUGAGGAAUCGUGUAAAUCGAUCCACGUGGGAUGUAACUAUAUGGUAAUCGCAGAUUUGGUCCUUUUGCGAAUGAUUCGAUUUCUAAAAUGCUUACAAUUACCCCCUAAGGGUAAUUUCGUGUACAAGGGCAAAAUUGGUAUUAUCGGAGGAAUAUUCUUGAGAAUCAAAAAGAUUCUAUCGAGUUUAACACCGUUAGAGCGAUUUGUAAAAUAUCUGCAUACCUCAGGGGGGUUUUUGUAAUUACGAGAACGUG